AUCAUCGGGAAUAGGGCGAACGAUGACUGCGUUCGGAAUCGCACUGACUCUAUUCGUACACAUUUAACUCGGGCUGCACAAUAUGAGCAUCGUCAUCGCAACGUUGGCGUAUUGACAUGCCGUCAAUCAACUGGUUGCACGUGCUAAUGAGCUUAGCACUGAUGUUACGCUAAAUUAUAACCCAUCAAACAACACGCACAGUGCAGCCCAGAAUGUUGUACACACACUUUCAAACUUUAUUUUGAACUAUUAAUGAGGACACAGGAAAUAUUUCCACACCUGCAUUUACUGUAUCUCUUUUCAGAAUGUGACGAACGAACAGAUUACUUCAGGUGUAUACGACAUGUUUUGCUUAAGCUAAUGCACUCACAUGUGGAAAUAUUAAUGCAUAUGUGAGAACGUAAAUUAAAAAAACCAAAUGACUAGUGUUAGGAAUGUGCUAAUGACUACCGUAUAACUGGGCGUGACAAGAAAUGAUGUCUGGCGGGACCUUUGCUUCAUACUGCUGUGCGUUUAAAUACAGGUGGACUCCAUACGAAUGUCUCCGUAUACGUUUGUGCUUUACUGCGUGCUGGUUUUCACGUUCCGUGCAUGUUAUCUUGCAUUUUUUAACCUGGCGAUAUACAGUUUACAUACCGUAGCAGAAUUUAUGAUUUCUUGGCCAUUUUUCUGAGAAUACGAAUGAUACCAGCGGAACGGUGGACAGUGCCUUCAAAUUCUUCUUUUUGCAUUGUUUCCCCACUUUAAUGUUUAAAGGUCAGAGGACAAAGAUGUUCCAAAUUGUUCUCGCUAACCCUAGAACCCCUUUACAAACCACAUCUGCCAUUUCGAAGAUUGAAAUCGAUAAAUGUGAUUCGGAACGCGCCUUCCGGUCUUGGGCUCUAUCCGGCGCCGUGACGUCACACGAGCCAAACAUCCUGUUCAUUCGCUGUUGUGCGCUACUGUUCCAUGCUGUUGUUCCUGUCCUUGCAUGUUUGUCGCCGUAGGAUUUAGCGAUGUCACGAUGGUUUAUUGUGUGGCGUCGGGUUGCCUCUCUGAAAACCAGUGUACUCGGUGCCGCACGUUGUCGUCGUCGUCGAUGUCGGCGGGGUUACCCUCGGUAAUAGUGAACGGAUAUUUUGGGGUAACCGAAAGGCGCCACAUGACGACAGAGCGUCAAAAAGGCCGACUGACGAGUCUGAAGGAGCCGCCGCCCAUGGCGGGAUGCUGGGAAGCCAACGCAAAGCUGCGGCUCGCUCACAGGCUCUACGAGGACGCCCUCGCCGGACCCGAGUCCGUCGCCAACAUCGGAGAUGUCUUUUAUAGCGGAACAGCAGACGGGAGGAUCGUGAAGCUGAUCGGUGGAAGGGUUCACACGGUGGCCAGACUGGGAAAGCCUCCCUGUGGGUCUGCGGAGGACGAGGUGACCUGCGGGAGACCCCUGGGGAUCCGAGUGGGACCCAACGGGACUUUAUUUGUAGCAGACGCCUACUUGGGCGUCUUCGAGGUCAACCCCACCACAGGCGAGUCGACUCGGCUGGUGUCGGGCGGUCAGGUGGUGGGCGGCAGGAAGUUGCUGUUCAUCAACGACCUGGCGGUGACGCAGGACGGCAAGAAAUUGUACUUCACCUCCUCCAGCAGCAGGUGGCAGCGUAGAGAUUACCUGCACCUCAUUAUGGAGGCCACGGCCGACGGACGGGUGUUGGAGUACGACGCGGAGAGCGGAGAGCUGAGCGUGGUCAUGGACAACCUGCGAUUCCCCAACGGCAUCCAGUUGCUUCCCGACGAGGAGUCCGUCCUGGUGGCCGAAACCACGAUGGCCCGAAUACGCAGGGUCCACGUGGCGGGUCUAAACAAGGGUGGCAUGGACACGUUCAUGGACAACCUUCCCGGUUUCCCCGACAACAUCCGGCCCAGCUCCAGCGGCGGCUACUGGGUGGCCAUGUCCGCCGUGCGCCCCAACCCUGGAUUCUCCAUGUUGGACUUCCUGUCGCAGAGACCCUGGAUCAAGAAGUUCCUCCUCAAGCUCCUGAGCCAGGACGCGAUGAUGAAGUUGGUUCCUCGCUACAGCCUGGUGGCCGAGCUCCACGACGGGGGCAUCUGCUCGCGGAGCCUCCACGACCCCGACGGGUCGGUGGCGGCGUACGUGAGUGAGGCGCACGAACAUGACGGGAGUCUCUACCUGGGAUCCUUCCGCUCGCCCUACCUCGCCAAGCUGGACCUGAGCCUCGUGUGAUGUCCGCCUCUGGGCGGCCGGGAACCCGUCGCCCACGCGACAGUCUUUUUGUUUCUAAUUUUCCACUUGUGUCGCUUCGAUGUCAAACCCUCUUCCUUCUUCUUUCCUUCAUAAUGUCCUCCUUCCUUCCUUCCUUCCUUCCUCCCUCCCUCCUUUUUUUGUCUCGAUGUUGAAGUCAAACGAUCGAGUUGAAAUACAGUGGAUCAAAAAAUG